AUUCACCACUUCGACCAGGUCAGGUCAGGCCCACCCCCGUCAACCCUCCAACAACCAUACCUGGUAGUUCUACCCAUCCACCGACUUCGUCAUCGACGAUACCGGCAGAUCGCUCAUACGAGCACGACUUCACCUCUCAUCACCACCCCACACCGCCACCACAACCAUGCGCUUCUUCAGCAAGAAGUCGCCGGCCGCGGUCGUCGACUCCACCGCACCCUCAUCAUCCCACCACUUGGACAGCGACGCCGAGCACUACAACGAAAAGCCCGAACCCGUCGAAGACAUCACCACGCCCGUGCGAAACUCUUCCGAAGUCAACAAUCCCGCCGAAGCCAAAGUCGAAGCCAUCGAAAAUGAAGCCUUGUCGAGACAAUUCUCCAAGGACUACCCGACUGGUCUGAAACUCACCCUCAUCACUCUGGCAUUAUGUUUGUCCGUGUUGUGUAUGGCGUUGGACAAUACCAUCAUCAGCACGGCUAUUCCGAGGAUCACGGAUCAGUUUAAUUCCAUCGACGACGUAGGCUGGUACGGCUCCUCCUACCUCCUCACAACCUGCGCACUACAGCUCUUCUUCGGCAAACUCUACACCUUCUACUCCAUCAAGACCAUCUACCUCACCGCCCUCGUCAUCUUCGAGAUCGGCUCGGCGGUAUGCGGUGCAGCGCCCAACUCGAUCGCGCUCAUCAUCGGCCGUGCGAUUGCCGGUGUCGGGUCCGCGGGUAUUUUCUCGGGCGCCAUUCUCAUCGUCGCCAAUACCGUUCCGCUCGAGAAACGUCCCAUUUACACCGGGUUUAUUGGUGGCAUGUAUGGUAUUGCUAGUGUCGUUGGUCCUUUGAUGGGUGGUGCAUUCACCGACCACGUCUCAUGGAGAUGGUGCUUCUACAUCAACCUCCCUCUAGGCGCCAUCACCAUCGCCUUCAUAGUCUUCUUCUACCACCCCACCAAAUCCGCCGCCCAAACCAUCGCCACAACCUGGCGCUCCAAACUCCAACAAUUCGACAUCUUCGGCACCCUCGUCUUCCUCCCCAUGAUCGUCUGCCUCCUCCUCGCCCUCCAAUGGGGCGGCAGCAAAUACCCCUGGUCGGACGGAAAAGUCAUCGCCCUCUUCGUCGUCUUCGGCGUCCUCCUCCUCAUCUUCGCCACCAUCCAAGUCCUCAAAGCCGACCACGCCACCGUCCCACCCCGCCUCCUCCGCAACCGCACCGUCGCAGGAGCCUGCUGGUUCGUCCUCUGCCUCGGCGGCGCCUUUUUCAUCUUCAUCUACUACCUCCCCCUCUGGUUCCAGGCCAUCAAAGGCGCCGCUCCCACCAAAUCCGGAAUCAUGAACAUCCCCCUCGUCCUCGGCUUGGUCCUCAUGUCCAUCCUCUCCGGCGGGCUGAUUACCGUAAUCGGAUACUACACGCCCUUUGUCAUCGCCUCGUCAAUCUUCAUGGCCAUUGGAGCGGGUAUGCUGUCGACAUUCACACCCGCCACCGGCUCCCCGAAAUGGAUCGGCUUCCAAGUCCUCUUCGGCAUCGGCGUGGGACUGGGAAUGCAACAACCUCUCAUCGCCGUGCAGGCCGUUUUACCCGCUAAAGACGUCCCGAUCGGCACGGCGAUGAUCAUGUUCAGCCAAACCUUGGGAGGGGCGCUGUUCAUCGCUGUCGCGCAGAAUGUCUUCUCCACGCAACUACUCAAAAACUUGCGAUCGAUCGUCCCCGAUUUGGAUCCGAGGAUUGUGUUGGAAGCGGGCGCCACGACGUUGGUGAAGAGUGUACCCGGAGAGUCAUUGAUGGGGGUGAGGUUGGCGUACAAUGAUUCGAUCAUGUCUGCGUUUUUGGUGGCGACGGCGAUGGCGACGAUUAGUGUUCUGGGAGCGGUGGCGUUUGAGUGGAAGAGCGUCAAGGGGAAGAAGAUUGAGAUGGGGGGUGCGUGA